GAACCCCUUUACUCUCUCUCUCUCUCUCUCUCUUUUCCUUUCAAGCACACACAUAUCUGCACUUCACAACCCUCCAAACAAUAUUUAUCUAUAUAUAAUACCAUCAUUAUGAACAUGGGGUUUACUCUCUUCUCUUUUAUUCUCCUUCUUCCUCUUCCUCUUCUUCUGCAUUAGUUUUCAUUCAUUCAUACUCCCACUUCUGAGUCUCGCUUUCCAGAUCCCACCUUCAGCUCCCAUGAUGGAGCAAGCUCAUCCUUGUGGAGGAGCAACACUUGUUACUCUUUCAUUUGCACUACUUUUCUUCUCUACUUUCACGCAUGCCUUCUCUUCUGCUGCGUACCCGGAAUUGAAUCAUGUAAAACCUAGGCACUCACGUCUUCUCAGGAGUGCCGUGCAACGUGAAACUCCUACAUCACAGCUUUCUGAAAUAUGGUCACCUCUGGAAAGCCAAGGAUGGAAACCUUAUGUUGAAAAUAAGCCAUCAGCAUUACCAGAGAAGUCCGAGGGAUAUAUCCAGGUCUUUCUUGAUGGUGGUUUGAACCAACAAAGAAUGGGGAUAUGUGAUGCAGUUGCUGUUGCAAAGAUUCUGAAUGCUACUUUGGUGAUUCCAUACCUUGAGCUAAAUCCUGUAUGGCGAGAUUCAAGCUCCUUCCUGGAUAUAUUUGAUGUGGAUCAUUUCAUUGAUGUAUUGAAGGAUGAUAUUUCUAUAGUUAAAGAGCUGCCUGAAGAAUACUCCUGGAGCACAAGGGAGUACUAUGCCAUGGCUAUCCGUGAAACCAGAAUCAAGGCUGCACCUGUGCAUGCAUCAGCCCACUGGUAUCUGGAGAAUGUUUUGCCUGUCCUACAGAGUUAUGGUAUUGCUGCAAUCUCUCCAUUUUCUCACCGACUGAGUUUUGACAACUUGCCUAUGGAUAUUCAACACCUACGCUGUAAAGUCAACUUCCAAGCUUUAACUUUUGUUCCUCAUAUCAGAACACUUGGGGAUGCCCUUAUCAGCCGCCUUCGCUAUCCUCGAGGCUCAGCUAGAGAAAUGGGCUCCAACUACCUUCAAGAGGUCACCAGUGCAGUUGAUAGUAAAAAUGCAGGGAAAUUUGUUGUUCUACACCUCCGAUUUGAUAAGGAUAUGGCAGCCCAUUCAGCCUGUGAUUUUGGAGGUGGAAAAGCUGAAAAAUGGGCCCUUGCAAAGUAUAGGCAAGUAAUUUGGCAGGGGAGGGUUCUUAAUUCCCAAUUCACUGAUGAAGAGUUGAGGAGUCAAGGCCGAUGCCCGAUGACUCCCGAAGAGGUUGGAUUGUUGCUAGCAGCUCUGGGAUUUGACAAUAGCACUCGUUUAUAUCUUGCCUCUCACAAGGUCUAUGGUGGAGAAGCAAGGAUUUCAACUUUGAGGGAAUUAUUUCCUCUGAUGGAAGAUAAAAAGAGCCUUGCUUCAUCUGAAGAGCGUUCUCUGAUAAAGGGAAAAGCUUCUCUACUAGCUGCACUUGAUUACUAUGUUGGCUUGCAUAGUGACAUCUUCAUCUCUGCUUCCCCAGGAAACAUGCACAAUGCAUUGGUUGGACACCGGACUUACUUGAACUUAAAGACUAUAAGGCCAAAUAUGGCAUUGAUGGGUCAGCUAUUCCUGAAUAAAACCAUUGAGUGGUCAGACUUUCAGGAUGCAGUGGUUGAAGGUCACCAAAAUAGACAAGGGCAACUAAGGCUGAGGAAGCCUAAACAAUCCAUAUAUACAUAUCCGGCUCCUGAUUGCAUGUGUCAAGCUUAGUACUAGUACUAGUAGUAUACUUAAAUUAUUAUUCACGGAUGUAGCUUGUGUAUUUUAUAGUUCAGUGUCUUAUUAUUUAACAUCAUAUUUGAUGAAAAUAAAAAGCAUUUCCACUCUCCUAGUCUUAUGGGGUUUGCUAUGAUGUUCUUGAUAAGAGUGCUUGAGAGUUACUUGUAUUGUGUGGGAGAUGUAUUUAUCAGAUGAUGGCAUUCUUAGCAGGAGCCAGCCAUGUUAUUUAUAUAAUUCAAUGACAGGAGCCAUAUUGUUGUUUAUCAUCUAAUAAUUUUAUCAUGAA